AUGAGCGAAGAGAUUGGGCAUAGUAGCGGAGAAGAAGAUCAGCCGCACAUGGAAGAGGAGCGAGAGGUGUUGCGUGAUGCCAACGGGCAGGUGCUGGACGAGACCAAGUCGGUGAAGGUGGGGCUCGACCGGGAGGAGCUCAUGGCCGAGUUCGCCAUCCUGGCCGAAGAGGAGAAGGAGGAAGAGGAGCGCGCGCAGGCCGUCUUCGUGGAGGCCGUGGAGAACCUCAAGCUCUACUCGCAACUCGACCUCGAAUCCAUCGCCCGACUCCUCUCGGUUUUGGAGGACAGCGGCCGCGACGAAGGAGCCGCCUGGGAGUACUUCUUCCAGCAGGGCGCGCACCAGGUGCUGCUGGUGCUGCUGAACGCGGAGGAGGUGGUGGAGGACCAGCGCCGCACGGACCAGAUCCUGCAGAUGUGGGAGCGCAUCGCCCGCUUCGUGUUCAAGCUCAGCGAGGAGGACCAGGGCGUGGUCUACGACGAGCUGCGGCGACAGGGCAUGGUCGAGACCCUCGCCUUCGCCAUGCGCCACCACCCGCACCACCCGCCGGUCCUGCGCCGCGGCGCGUUCCUCCUCGCGCAGCUCUUCGCCCAGGACGCGCCCGCCAAGCACUCCGACGAAGACCCCUCGGCGCGCACCCGCAUGCUGGCCGCCGAGGGCCUCGUGCGAGAAAUGCGGGAGGCGGUCGAAGGCGGGAAGGGCGAGAAGAAGAGCCAGAGUCAGCACCGAGGACAGCAGGCGGCCGCGGCGGCUGCGGUGGAGGCGGAGACCAAGCGGGCGGAGGAGGUGGAGCGCGCCCACAAGCAGGAGGCCGAAACGAGGCACGCCGCGCGAGUACGGCUCGCCGAUGAGCUGAUCGAAGCGGGGCCUUCCCCGACCGAGAAGGCGCCCCUCCUCUCUGCGCACCAGCGGCAUGCGGGGGUCAACCAGGUGGUCACGGGCGACGGCUGCUGCAGCGCGUGCGUGCUCAUGUAG